AUGGCAAUUUCAAAUAAAAAGGAUAUGAAGCGAAAGUUGAAUAUUAAAAAAAAAAAAUUAAUGGAAGAAGUAAAAAUAUUAGAAAAGAAAAAAUCUAUUGAUAUAUCUUAUUUACCUUAUGUUUAUAUAUUAUUAAAAUAUUUCUUUGAAAAUAAUAAUAUCCAUAUUUUAAAUGAGUUUUUUUAUCUUCAAGACAAUGUUCUAAGUAUAACUGAAGAUUUAAUGGGGCAUAUAUUGUGGGUAUUCGAUGAAAAGGAAAAUAAAUUAUAUGGAUCAAGAAUAGUUGAAUUAGAAUCAUAUAAUGGUUCAACGGAUAAAGCGUCACAUGCAUAUAAUAAUAAAAAGACGAAUAGAAACCUGUCUAUGUUUGAAAAAGGAGGAAUAAGUUAUGUAUAUAUAUGUUAUGGUAUUCACAACUGCUUGAAUAUAGUAACAAAUAUAGAAAAUAUUCCUGAAGCUAUUUUAGUUAGAUCUCUUGAACCAAUUUAUAACAUUGAAUAUUUCUUAUCAAACAAAUAUAAAAAUGUUUCUGAAUUUUUAUAUUCAAAGAAUUUCUCUGAAAUUAUUAAGGAAUGUAAGGCAACAGAUAAUGAACAUAAGAAAAAAAUAAAUAGUAAUUUUAAAGAUUUAAUUAAUAAACAUAAUUAUUUAAAAAAUAUUGAAAAAAUAAAUCAUGUUUUAAAAAUGAUAAAUAAAAAAAAAUUAGUAAAAUUAUGCAGUGGUCCUGGUUGUGUAACGAAAUGUCUAGAAGUAACAAGACAAGAUGAUAUGAAACGAUUUUAUAUUGAUUUAUAUAAUAAUAAUAAAAAAAAAGAAGAUAAUUUAAAGAAAGAAGCAAACUAUAAUAAAAAUAUGACCUACAUCAAUAAUAAUAAUAAAAGUUCUAAGUAUUUUGACAACUCAAAACUUUUAAAUAAUAAAAGAGGAAAAAAAGAAAAUGUAAAUAAUAAUGUUUCUGACAAUUACAGCAGUAAUAAUGAAAUAUUACAUGAAUCAAAUACAAAUAUAAAAUCAAAUUUUUACUUUUCAUCUAACAUAAAAAAUAUAGAAAAAAGUAGGUUUUUUAUAAGUAUUUGCCCAACAGUAAAUGAGAUUUUAUAUUUUUAUGAAACAUUAAGAACCCAUAAAAAUGAAGAAGAGUACUUUAUAAAGAAUAUAUAUAAUGAAUAUAAAAUAUAUUUAUUAGAAUAUUUUGAUUAUAUGAAAUGGCAAAAAGAUAAAUUAACUAUUCAAAAAGAUAAAAGAAUCGGAAUUGGUUAUGCAGAAGAAGCUGCAUUAUUUGAGUAUCGAUUUUUAUUAAAGAAUCAUCCAUCUGUUACAUUUCCUCCUAAGUAA